GUUUGACUGACAGGACCAAGGUCCGGAUAGCCGAGCGUCGGCGCUCUCAGUGGACCCCACACGCUUCUUCGUGUCCUUUCCACCACCUCUCUUCUCCCUCAUCUCGACUGAGCACGAUGCGCCCUACAGUUCGUCUCCUCCAGUCCAUCUCCCCGGCUGCUACGACGCGCCAGAAUGCGGUCGCUUUCAUCGGUCUUGGCCGUAUGGGUGCCAACAUGGCGUACAAUCUCUUCUCCAAGACUUAUGCUUCGAAUCCGGCUACCAAGUUCGUACUCUGCGACGCAGUACCCUCUGUUGCACUUGAUCUCAAGCGCCGUCUUGAAACUGAGUUCAAUGGUCUUGAUGUCCAAGUCGUGCUCAAACCCGAGGAGGCUGUCAAGGCUGCACAAACCGUGUUGACAAUGCUGCCAUCCUCGCCGCAUGUCAAGACUGUCUAUACCGAGGACGGUGGCAUUCUCCCCACACUUCACGCAUUGGCGUCACACCACACCUUACUCAUCGACUCCACAACGCUCGAUGUCGAUGUUGCACGCGCCGUUAUGCGUGAUGCCGAGAAUGCAGGCGCCAAGAUGGUUGACGCGCCUGUCUCAGGGGGCGUGGCCGGUGCAAAAGCAGGUACCCUAUCCUUCCUUGUUGGUGGCCCUGAUGCUACGUACAAGCUCGCACACCCGUAUCUGUCGAUGAUGGGCGCCCGUAUCAUACACUGCGGGCCGGCAGGCGCGGGUCUCGGUGCGAAGAUUUGCAACAACCUCGUCCUCGGCGUCCAGCAAAUUGUGGUUGGCGAAGCCAUGCUGCUUGGAGAGCGUCUUGGGCUCGAUGCUGGUGUGCUUGCUGGCGUGAUCAAUAGCUCCACCGGUGCGUGCUGGUCGUGCCAUACGAACAACCCGGUACCCGGUGCGCUGAAGGAGAAGGCGAUCGAGCCCCCAUGCGAACGUGAUUAUGAAGGCGGGUUUGCGACGGCGCUGAUGCUCAAGGACAUGAACUUGGCUACGCAGGGUGCCCAGAAACACGGCACUGCGCUGCCCAUGGGCACUGCAGCUAAAGAAUACUAUGACCGCAUUAUCCAAGCUAACCCUGUUCUGGCUCGGAAGGAUUUCUCGAGCGUGUACACUGCGCUCAGAGAGGACAAGCCGUCGGCAAGUCGGGAAGCCGGAUCAAGCGGACUGUCAUGAGGCUCAAGCGGCUAUAACCGUAAUCGCCUGGUGGGGGGCAGGCGCUGAUAGUGGGAAGGACUGAACUGAGAAGGCACCGCUGAUGUAUAGAUCAUGGAACUUGAGAAGCAUCGGCCAUUGCAUGCUUCACACCAUGAUGUUAUCCCCCGCUUCUGCACCAGUUGGAAGGCCCCGGAAGAACAGGGGGUCUACCAGGUGACCGAGCCGUUGGGUGUAUAUCACAAAUUGUACCAUAAAAGGAUAAUCUUAGUCAGCGCAUGGGACGAAAUUUACGC